UGGGGAAUACACCCCCGGGCAUGUAUAGCGAGUCUGUCGCCGUGGCAACUCUUUGUUGACAGGUGAUGUGAAGGCUCGGCAAAAUGAAACUCAAGCGCUUCCUUGUCCGAUAUUAUCCUCCAGGUAUAACCCUCGAAUAUGAGAAAGGAGGAUGUUUGAGGACCAGAUCAAUUGACCUUUUGGAUCUGACUCCAGAAACAAACAUAGAUGAGCUGGUGGCAGAGAUCAGGCGAUCAGAGCCUCUAAUCACUGAGUCCCGGGCUGAUCAGGUCAAACAGCUGAUCCUUCGACUUCAGCAGAAACAGGGCCAGCAGGGCCACCACAGGUUCUGUUUCUUCAAGGAGCUUAAGGCACACAUACUGCCAUUGACAAAUGUUGCAUUUGACAAAUCAGGGUCAAGGUUUAUAACUGGGAGCUAUGACAGGACAUGCCGAGUGUGGGACACGGCCUCAGGCACAGAGCUGCACACCCUAGAAGGUCACAGAAACGUGGUGUAUGCAAUUGCAUUCAACAACCCCUAUGGAGACAAGAUUGCUACUGGCUCUUUUGAUAAGACCUGCAAAUUGUGGUAUGCUGAGACGGGCAAAUGUAUUCACACCUUUCGAGGACACAUGGCAGAGAUAGUGUGCCUGGCAUUCAACCCCCAGAGUACACUGGUGGCCACAGGCAGCAUGGACGCCACUGCCAAGCUGUGGGAUGUGGAGACUGGGGAGGAGGUAGCCAGUCUGACUGAUCACACUGCAGAGGUCCUCUCUCUGUGCUUUAACACAGUGGGAAAUCAGCUUGUAACCGGCUCCUUUGACCACACAGUUGCUAUUUGGGACGUUGCUUCAGGAAGUCGUGUCCACACUCUGAUCGGUCACAGGGGGGAAAUCAGCAAUGUUCAGUUUAACUGGGAUUGUUCCCUCAUUGUUACAGGCUCCAUGGACAAAACGUGCAAGGUGUGGGAGGCAGUCAGUGGUAAGUGUGUGGCCACGCUAGUUGGACACAAAGAAGAGGUGCUGGAUGUGUGUUUUGAUUUAAGUGGUCAGCUCAUUGCUACUGCCUCUGCUGAUGGUACAGCGCAAGUGUUCAGUGCAAUCACACAUCAGUGUCUCAUGACACUAGAGGGCCACGAUGGAGAGAUCUCCAAGAUCUGUUUCAGCCCCCAGGGAAGCAGGGUCCUGACUGCCAGCUCAGACAAGACAGCACGUCUAUGGGAUGUUCAGUCUGGAGUCUGUCUACAAGUUCUGGAGGGGCACACCGACGAGAUCUUCUCCUGCGUCUUCAACUACGAGGGUGACACCAUCAUUACAGGCAGCAAGGAUAACACAUGCCGGAUCUGGUACUGACCCUUCCCUUGACCCCUUGGAGGCUCAGGCGGACAUGUACAUGGACACAACUAUCAAUUUGUUUUUGCCAUGUACUGUAUGACCCACUAUGUAUCUUUCUAAUUGUGGAUUACCAUCUGAAACAUCUGCCCUCACACUGAGGUAUAGCAACAGUCUGGUUUACAGCAUGUACAUGAGGAUAAAGUGGUACUGCAAACCAUUGUUGCUGAAUUUAUUUGAUUCUUCACUGGUUUGAUGCUUCACUGGUUCCCUUACUGCACUAACUUGGUACUGGGCUUGACCAGUAGACCUAGAUUUUCAUUUACUGUGUCAUUAACAGUAUGGUAACUUUGCUCAUGAAAUGUCACCUCAAGUGGUUUGAAUUCUUCAACAACAUUUUUGGAAAAGCUCUUGGAAUUAAGCUGCAUAGAGAAUUAUAGCAAAUUUGAGCUAGAUUCAGCUAUCUGAGAUUUUUUGUGACUGUUGAAUACAACAUACUGCAGUACAAAAGCCUCUGCAUUUCAUCUUCACGAACCCAUUAUCAGCUAACAAAAGUAAUCUUCAGUAAUCAUUUUCUAUUUUUGUUCCCACUGAUGUGAUGUGUUCCAAGCAGUAUUUUCUGAAAGCACAACGCAAUGAUGAAUGUUAAUUCAGUAGCUUCCUAGCUGGUAUUCAACCAUGGAAAACUUCCCCAAAGAUCAUAUGGUUGUUGUUUUACAGUCUCACCCAAUCUAUCACAUGCUUUUGGGAAAACUAGGCGAUACAGUGUAAUACUAAUGUGGAUGAAUACGCUACUAACCAGUGUUUAUUGCCUUUCUGUUAAAUAUUAUAACUGAUCAAGACUGCUUGUAUUUCACAUCACAGAAAUUUAUUGAUGUCAAAAGAUAAAUACAUUCAGUUCUACUGUGACAGA